AUGAAAAUCACAUCCUGGAAUGUCAGGGGUUUAUCGGCCCCUAACAAGAAACGCUUGGUCAAGCGGUUUUUGUAUAUUCACAAUCCUGAUGUGUUACUUUUACAAGAGACCAAGCUUGGUGGAGAUAAAACUGGGCAGUUCAUUAAUUCUUUCUCUAAAUGGGAUGGGUUUUUCCAUGAUGUAAUAGGCUCUGCAGGUGGUCUAGGGGUAGUGUGGAAUCCGGCAACUAUCGAGGUGGUACCCAUUGCCUCCCAUGAGAAUUGGAUGGCAUGUGAAAUCAAAUGCAUUGGCACAAAUUUUUGGUUCCCAAUUUUUAAUGUUUAUGGCCUGACGAAUAUUGAAGACAAAUUGAAAGUCUGGAGAGAAAUUAUAAUGCAAGAAACUCUUGUUGAGAAGGAUAGAGCUAUCAUAGCAGGGGGCUUCAAUGCUCUGCUAGAUGUGGACGAAAAAGGAGGGCUCAGAAAAUGCUCAAAAGUAAUGGAGCGUUUGAGAGAUUUCAUUGAAAAUAAUAAGCUUAUGGAUAUUAUCCUGAAAAAUGGCAAAUUUACCUAG